CUGCCUUCCAGAGACGAGAGCCCAGAAGCGGGGAGAAGUUGGAGAGGUCGGGUAAGGGAGGGUUGGUAGAAAUUGCACAGACUCCAGCCCUGGUCGGUUGACCUCCCGAGGAGUGCCUUUGCUGCGUCCCGGCCAAGUGUGGACGCGCCGUGCGCGGCCCGGCCAAGGCUGGGAGUUUGCAGACCGUCCCUGCCGCGACCAGCGCGGCGGCGGCCCUGCGGCUCCCGCUGCAGCCGCGGUGGCCCCGGGCAGGAUACAGCCCUGGUAGCCGCGCCGCAGGCUUGAGGUACCGCAAAUCCUGCCCUGCUGCGCCUUGGGACCCGUCGGGACGGUGACUGGCAGGCUCUUCUGGUUUCUGCUGCUGCCCGACAAGGAGCCCCCUAACCAGGCCUCUGGUUGGCUGAACCAGUGGGAAUCCAGGCAUUGGAGCCCUGAUUCACAGAACCUGUUGACCCAGGAGGAUUUACUGCCCUCUUCCACUGGUGUUCUAACCUCUACCCCAGGGAUUUGCAACAGAAUUCGCUUACAUCUUCUGAGAAAGGGAUUGUGAGCACUAAGGAAACCACUCUCUGCUUCAGAAGAAAACUAGGUCAGAGAAGGCCAAUCUUCUGCUUUACAAGCAAGCAGUAGGCAGAAUGAAAGAGAGGAAUGGAAAUCGGCUGACGCAGGAGCCGGAGUGAGAUGUUCGGCACUGCCGUGAACAUGCAUUUCUUUUCUGCGCUUUAAGAGCCGACGGCAGGUGACGUUGCCGGAGAGCAAUGGCUCUCUUUACUCCAUGGAAGUUGUCCUCUCAGAAGCUGGGCUUUUUCCUUGUGACUUUUGGCUUUAUUUGGGGUAUGAUGCUCCUGCAUUUUACCAUCCAGCAGCGAACUCAGCCUGAGAGCAGCUCCAUGCUGCGUGAGCAGAUCCUGGACCUCAGCAAGAGGUACAUCAAGGCACUGGCAGAAGAAAAUAGGAAUGUGGUGGACGGACCAUAUGCUGGUGUCAUGACAGCUUAUGAUCUAAAGAAAACUCUUGCUGUAUUGCUGGAUAAUAUUUUGCAGCGCAUUGGGAAGUUAGAGUCGAAGGUGGACACCCUGGUGAUCAACGGCACAGGAGCAAACUCGACCAACUCCACCACAGCUGUUCCUAGCUUGGUAGCACUUGAGAAAAUUAAUGUGGCAGAUAUCAUUAAUGGAGCUCAAGAAAAAUGUGUAUUGCCUCCUAUGGAUGGCUUCCCCCACUGUGAGGGGAAAAUCAAGUGGAUGAAAGAUAUGUGGCGCUCAGAUCCCUGCUACGCAGACUACGGAGUGGAUGGGUCCACCUGCUCUUUUUUUAUUUACCUCAGUGAGGUUGAAAAUUGGUGUCCUCGUUUACCUUGGAGAGCAAAAAAUCCCUAUGAAGAAGCUGAUCAUAAUUCAUUAGCUGAAAUUCGUACGGAUUUUAAUAUUCUCUACAGUAUGAUGAAAAAGCAUGAAGAAUUCCGGUGGAUGAGACUGCGGAUCCGGCGCAUGGCUGAUGCGUGGAUCCAAGCAAUCAAGUCCCUGGCAGAAAAGCAGAAUCUUGAAAAGAGAAAGAGGAAGAAAGUCCUUGUUCACCUGGGACUCCUGACGAAGGAAUCUGGAUUUAAGAUUGCAGAGACAGCUUUCAGUGGCGGCCCUCUUGGUGAAUUAGUUCAGUGGAGUGAUUUAAUUACAUCUCUGUACUUACUGGGCCAUGACAUUAGGAUUUCAGCUUCACUGGCUGAGCUCAAGGAAAUAAUGAAGAAGGUUGUAGGAAACCGGUCUGGCUGCCCAACUGUAGGAGACAGAAUUGUUGAGCUCAUUUACAUCGAUAUCGUAGGACUUGCUCAAUUCAAGAAAACUCUCGGACCAUCCUGGGUUCAUUACCAAUGCAUGCUCCGAGUCCUGGACUCAUUUGGCACCGAGCCAGAGUUUAACCACGCUAACUAUGCCCAGUCUAAAGGCCACAAGACCCCCUGGGGAAAAUGGAAUCUGAACCCGCAGCAGUUUUACACCAUGUUCCCUCAUACCCCAGACAACAGCUUCCUGGGGUUUGUGGUGGAGCAGCACCUGAACUCCAGCGACAUCCACCACAUUAACGAAAUCAAGAGACAGAACCAGUCCCUGGUGUAUGGCAAAGUGGAUAGCUUCUGGAAGAAUAAGAAGCUCUACUUGGAUAUCAUUCACACAUACAUGGAAGUGCACGCUACCGUUUACGGCUCUAGCACGAAGAACAUUCCCAGUUACGUGAAAAACCAUGGUAUCCUCAGUGGGCGGGACCUGCAGUUUCUUCUCCGAGAAACCAAGUUGUUCGUUGGACUUGGGUUUCCUUAUGAGGGCCCAGCUCCCCUGGAAGCCAUCGCAAAUGGAUGUGCUUUUCUGAAUCCAAAGUUCAACCCACCCAAAAGCAGCAAAAACACAGACUUUUUCAUUGGCAAACCAACACUGAGAGAGCUGACAUCUCAGCAUCCAUAUGCUGAAGUUUUCAUCGGCCAGCCACACGUCUGGACUGUUGACCUCGGCAAUCAGGACGAAGUUGAGGAUGCAGUGAAAGCAAUUCUAAAUCAGAAGAUUGAGCCGUACAUGCCAUACGAAUUCACCUGUGAAGGGAUGCUGCAGAGAAUCAACGCUUUCAUUGAAAAACAGGACUUCUGCCAUGGGCAAGUGAUGUGGCCGCCCCUCAGCGCCCUGCGGGUGAAGCUCGCUGAGCCCGGGCAAUCCUGCAAGCAGGUGUGCCAGGAGAACCAGCUCAUCUGUGAGCCCUCCUUCUUCCAGCACCUGAACAAGGAAAAGGACAUGCUGAAGUACGAAGUGAUCUGCCAAAGCUCAGAGCUGGCCAAGGACAUCCUGGUGCCCUCUUACGACCCCAAGAACAAGCACUGUGUGUUUCAAGGUGACCUCCUGCUGUUCAGCUGUGCAGGCGCCCACCCCAGGCACCGGAGGAUCUGCCCCUGCCGGGACUUCAUCAAGGGCCAGGUGGCCCUCUGUGAAGACUGUCUAUAGCGGCCACCGGCAGGGCCCUGCACGCCCUCUGCUGGGGAGGACAGCGACUCCAGCCCGGUCCUGGCAGAGCCAGGGGGCACACGUCAUUCGGGGACUCUCGCCAGAGCCUGGAUUUUUUGGUGGAAGGUUUCGAUUUGGUGUUGCCCUGCUGGGGUCCGAGCAUCACAGUGGAGUUUUCACCAAAACACAACAAGAGCAGACAGCAGGCCAGGAGCCUGGUUCUGCUCCCUGGCACAACUCUGUCUUGUUUUUUGAGGAGCAACUGUAGAGAGCGAAUGUCAAGAUUCAUUUAAAACAAAAAACAGGAGGAGGAAUUGAGCUGGUCGGAAAGAACUUUCUGUUGGAAACAUUCCUAAAUCCAUUAACUUAUUUAUUUGGGAGGGCGGGCAGGGGAUCAGGGAAGGGCAAAAAGGUCUUGAUUACAGGUCUUGUUUCUUUGAUUUUCCACUGUUUACCAUCCACCUUCACUGUACUAUUUUUUUUGUCUGCUUCGGCUGGGGUACAGGCAGGAGAGACAGUGCCCCGAGGCCCUGGGUGCACGCCUGAGGGUAGCUGUGGGUGUAGCCCCUUACAGUGGGUGACGGUGGGUGAUGGCAGCACAAAAGACAGUCUUCUGUGUGUGCUUGAGGGGGGGCAGCCACAGGUCAGGCGCUGCCUCCCUGUAGGGGGGACAGCCCAGCCCGGGCAGGAAGUGCAAGGUUGAGAAACUGACACUGGGUGUGUGUGGUGAGUCCGCAGGGCAGGACUGAGAGAGCUAAUUGAGACUCAGUCGUGAUGUUUUGUCUGUGAGCUGGGACUGGACAGGAGUGAAGCUGGCCCCUGUGACCUGGUGCCAUCCCUGCAGCUGGGCUCCAAACAGAUGGGCUUGUUACAUUCCCUGUAAUGUCUGAUAUUGGACCGAAGUCCAAGGAAUGGGAUCUUGGUGAACUUGACAUUGGCUGUGGGGGCAGGGGCAGGCUAGGAUGAAACUGACUCACUGUCCUAGCCACUCACCUGUGGGGGUGGGGGCAGCUUUCACUCCAGGCACCAAUAUUCUGAGGAGGACAAGCCAGUUGCCAGCUUGCCCUGGCCAGACUCAUCUGACGCCCCCUCUCCAGCCCUGGGGCCCCUGUGCUCUGCCUUGUGUGAGUUCCCCACCCCCACUAAGCACUGUUUCAGUGCUUUGGGUGCUUUCCUGUGAAGCCCUUGGCAUCCCGUGCUGGUGAGAAUGAACCCUCUCCUCCUCCUUAGAGAGUCUCCCUGUUGUGAGCUGUUGUGAUACACCCAGCCCUCGGGGUGGUUCUCAGUGCCUUGGUGGCUCUGGCAGCCUUGGCUUCCCAGCACCCUGCAUGCCCGGGGCAGCUGGCCCCGCCUCCAGCAGGCAGGACAGCUGGCCAGGCUAAUGGCUGGGUGGGCCUUCGAGAAGUGAGACUAAAGGAAGGGCUGUUUCCUGACGACCAGAGCAAGUGGGGUCUUUAGGUGUGGAAAGUUAGAUGCUGCCAGCUUUGCAAUUCUUCCCUGGUACAUAAUACCAAAUGCACAACCAGCCUUCUUUUUUUUUCCCUUAGAUUUAGAUUCUCGGUCUGAAUCCCACCUCCAAUCCUAGAGAAUGGAGGGGGUGAGGAGGGACAGCUGGGGUCUCCGCCACCCCUGGUGGCCCCAGAAUACAUGUGCUAGGGAGAGUGCUGACCAGGAGGCCUGGGCCUAGCCACAACGGCACGAGUCCAAAGGAAACCUUAGUAAUAGGGUGUGAGUAAGUGUGGGUGUGGGUGUGCUUUGAAGCUUUGCAAGGGCAGUUUCCUGCAGUAGGAAGAGAAAUAACUGCCUUCCAUGCUGUUAGGAAUUGCUUUUCCCUGUGAAAGGGCCUCUUGGCUGCACCCUAAAUUGUGGGAAUUUGCUUGAGUUCUCUGCCCUGAGAUUCCUAGGCCGGUGCCGCCCUCUCCUGGACUCUUUCAGGAGCUUCCAAUGAUGAGCAUGUCAGUGUAGGCAUUAGACCAGCAGGGGGAGCCUGCGGGCCAAGACCAAUUUCCCACACUCCACAAGGCUAACUUAUUUUGCAAAGGGCUGUUUAAAUAAGCACAGGAACUCAGAAAGCAAGAGAGGUGGAAAGCUACAUUCUGCAGAAAGAUGCUGUGCCUACCUUGUGUUCCAGAAGCUGCAAAGAUUGUUUGCUGGCUGCCCCAGCUCUGGUCCUCCCCUUUUCUCCUCUCUAUAUCAGGACCCUCGAGUCAGGCAGUCCAGCGGGAGAGCCAGCCCAGUAUUGGUCGAGGUGAUGCAGAGUUCCGCAGGGGGGCUGCUGCACAUGAGGCAGACCAACCCACACUCCACAUGGUGAAGGCAUUAUCCACAGAGGCAGUGACACAGGAGAGGUGCUGGCUGCCGGGCCCCAGCAGACUUAGCCGUGGGCCAGUGGUCCACAGCAGGGAACUUGGGAGGGCCCUGCAUCUGCCCUGCGUGCUGGGCCCUGCCUGUCCUGGAGGAAGGCGCCUCUCAGGGUGUGGGCCUUGGGUGAUUUUUGUUAACAGAGCCCUAGACCAGCACGUAACUGGUAACAGUCCCACACUGAGAGAUGUCCUCAGCCAGGAUCAGCGUCUUCCUGUGCUAGGAGCGUAUCUAGCCCAGUCUGUAAGUUUUUGUACAUUUUUUUUCCUAAGUGAAAUUUGCCCCCUCCCCACUGUGAUCUUGGGUUCUUAAAAAACUUGAGGGAAAACAUUUAACUAAUUUAUUAAAAGAGAAAAAGCUUUCCUUUGACAUGUAAACACUUUCAGGAGUAAAAGCUCCUCAAGGGGGAAACACACUUUUAAUGCCAGUAAACACCUCAUUUUAUUUUUUGUAUGUAAUUUGAUUUGCACAUGUACAAACAGAGAGGGGUCUUUUUGCAUUUUUGCUUAGAUUGGGGUUUUGUCUCUGCUUAUAGUUUUUUGUGUGUGUUUGCUGUAUGUUUGGAAAUAUUGAGAGUCCAUUUGUUUAUUGAUAUUUAUUGUUUCUCUGAUGUGCCUUUUCACUUUUCUUUGGGGUUGGUUUUUGGAAUCUGGGUGCUGUUGAAGGAAGACAGCAGAAUCCUGCAGCUUGGAGAUGGGACCUGUCCUUUAUCACUGUGGAAGCUCAGGCUGGGCACCAGCAACACCCUUCAAGCCCCCUAGGCCACCACAUGUACGCACAUGCUCCCCCAUGCAGCCUGAGAACCCCAAGAGAAGUGCUGGCUUUCUCAAGACCAGCCCACACCUUCCCCAGCUGCUCGGUCACGGUCACAUCUUCGGGUCUGGGGGCUGCUGGCUGCCCAUGUGCCAGUGGGCCUGUGCUCCAUGCACCCAGGCAUGUGGGAGGUGUGGCCCGAAAAGACAACCAGCCCUAGCUGAGGGGUUGCACUGACGGGGAGCAGUACCCACUGAGCUCAUGAGUAGCACCAGCCCAUAAACACUUUAUCUGGUUCACAUCAUGAAGGGGAAGGGAUAUGCAUACCUUUGUUGUGUCCGUAGUGAACACAGCGUUUAAUAAAAGUGACUGUUGGGCUCCACUUGGGAGCGGAGGCCCGGUGCUUCUCACAGGCCACGAAGGCAUCCGUGACAGGCUGACGGAAACUGUGUGUUCACAGGUGGGUUUGUGCUUUCCAGACCAGACCCCGGCAGGCCCCCCCGUUUCUCCACGGCGGUUUAUUACCUGGAUUGUGUGUGUGAUUGGGAUAUUACCAUCCUCUUCCAUGGCCCCCAAAUUCUCGAUUUAAAAAAGUCCAUUUUGUUAAACGACAGGCUCUGUUGUAUGUGCUACCAUCCCAAGCCUGGAUUGUUUUAUUUAUUUAAAAAAAAAGUUUUCACAUUGGCUUCAUUCUAAUUCCAUCCAUCCCUAUAGGGCUACAGAGCAACUUCACAUGAGGAGAUGGAUGGACAUAAAUAGAUUCAGUCUUCUUUAUGAAGGUAGGGAUUUCCUAAAGCAGAGGGCGAGUUCCUUUCAUUCUUGUUGGCUUCCACAAAAAGUGGAAAACCAAGUUUUUAUCGCAAAAGGCCAAAUUAGCUGUAUAGUCUCAGAUGCAGGAAAAAAAAUUAACCUAGCUUUCUUAGCACUUAGGGGUUUUGUGAGGAUUCGGUGUUUAGCAGUGUCUGGCACAUAGUAAGCCCUAGUAGAUGUUAAAUAUUGUUGUUGUUAUUAGCAUUUCACAAAACUUGAGAAAUAAAGAGCUGAGCUCACUCCCUAUCAGUUGAUUCAUGUAAUACCUACGUGAAACUGUCCUGGGUUGAUGGAAUGUUGUAGAGGUUCACGGACUUAGCACAUCCACGGCCCCGGCCCACCCUGCUGCUGGGGACGUCUCUGUGACCCUGCAUGCACUGACUGAUCUGAAAACGUGCCUGACUUCAGCACCAGACGAAACCAGGCUGCAGGGACUUGUGCACAGAUGACAAGGGUGACCUCUGGCCCCAUGCAGGACCUCACCCCACUGAUGCCUCCUGGACCAUUCCAGAGUUUUUCUUUAUGCAACUUCUUGAGCUAGAAAUUAAGGUGAAUGUUCUCAUUGACUGUACCCCUUAAAAGUUAACUGUAUUCCUCUAAAGUGUCGUAAGACAGGCUUUUCUGUUUUGAAGGGGACAGGAACAACCAAUUGAACUUACUCAUUCCCUAGGAAGUCCCUUUGCUGCCCCCUGCUGGUCAGGGUGGCUCCUCCACAGUCCAGUCCACAGGGAUCAGACUCCUGGGCGGGUCAGCUGUGACGUGUUUGCGUGGGCCCCAGCCUCAGAGGAGAUGCCCUUCUGCCCCAGACCGCUGCAGCUAGCCUGAGGGACCCCAAAACUAUCCCACCUUCCUGGUGAAGCCAUGGGCAGAGGCAGGGAGAAUAUCUUGAGAACCAUUCCCAGAGGCUGCUCGUGGUUCAGUGAUUUUUUUCCCCAAAUCGCCCAAAUACCAGUUCACUCUCUGUUUGGCUGAGGUGUUAGCCUCUUGCUCCCUGAUCUGGAGCUGCAUGUCCUCUCCUGUCUCGGUGCUCUUCUGGAUGGACUGCAGUUGUGGACUAUGGAGCAAUUGUUGGAGUCCUGUCUUCAAGUUCCUUUGUUUUCAGCAGAAUCAGCAGUCUUAGACUUUGGUGGGUAUAGGACUAGAAUUUACCUCCUUCAAAGCAUCAUUUCCUCUGUCCCUGAUUCUGUGGAGCCUUAGAUUGGUUCCCCUGCUCCUACAGUUGGCAAGGCGUGGCAAAGGCAUGACAGGCCAGCAUGUGCUCGUAGGACAGUCGGGUGUGUCUGGAUGGUGUGGGUCAGGGGCACCAGCGAGCACUUGCCGUGCUGGAGGUCUGAAAGCCUGGCUGGGACAGCAGGGUGGGGCCUUGGCACAGUCUGCCACCUCUGCCAAAGGGGAGAUGGGGCAAACUUGGGAAACAUUUUGUUCACUGUCCUGCCCAGGUGUUAGUAGGACAAUACCGAACAAUCGAUGCCAAAGGAGAUGGUGGUGUCUUUUCUACUGUAGCUGCUGUCACUACGUUGAUGUCUUUGAGCUAAUGACCGUUCGCAUCUGUGUCUUCACACAGCUCCUGGUUCACUCUGGGGUUAAGUAGGGCAGGGCUCUGCAGGUGUGCUGUGGCCGUCCAAACAUCCUGUACCGGCAUAGAGAACACUGCUGUGUUUCCCACUGUUGUAGACAAAACUAGGGAGAACUUUAUUUUUCAAUAAACUUUUCUUGUGUGA